GUUUGCCCCGGAAGUGGCUGUCUUCGCCUGACAGCUGCUGGCGCGGCGGCGGCCGGUCUGAGGAAGAUGGCGCUGCGGCCGGGAGCGGGAGCUGGCGGCGGGGCCGCGGGCCCUGGAGCGGGGGCGGCCGGCGGAGGCAGCUUCAUGUUUCCAGUUGCAGGUACAAUAAGACCUUCUCAAGCUGGCCUGAUGCCAAUGCAGCAACAAGGAUUUCCUAUGGUUUCUGUCAUGCAACCUAAUAUGCAAGGCAUGAUGGGAAUGAAUUACAGCUCUCAAAUGUCCCAAGGUCCAAUUGCUAUGCAGGCAGGAAUACCAAUGGGACCAAUGCCAGCAGCAGGAAUGCCUUAUCUGGGACAAGCACCAUUCCUGGGCAUGCGGCCUGCAGGCCCACAGUAUACUCCAGACAUGCAGAAGCAGUUUGCUGAAGAGCAGCAAAAACGAUUUGAACAACAGCAAAAGCUUUUAGAAGAAGAGAGAAAAAGACGCCAGUUUGAAGAGCAGAAGCAAAAGCUCAGACUUUUGAGUAGUGUGAAACCCAAGACAGGAGAGAAGAGUAGAGAUGAUGCUUUGGAGGCCAUCAAAGGAAACUUAGAUGGAUUUUCCAGAGAUGCUAAGAUGCACCCUACUCCUGCAUCACACCCCAAGAAACCAGAUUGUCCCACAUCAUCUCAUUCUACUAAAACUGUUUCCCCAUCACCUGCCUUUCUUGAUGAAGAAGAAUUCAGUGACUUUAUGCAGGGGCCUGUUGAGGUUCCCACAUGUGGGCCUUCUUCCACAGCCCCGCCCUUUCAGUCUUUCCACCCCACCACCCCACUUGGCCAGUUGCACACACAGAAGGCUGGUGCGCAGCCUCUCCCUCCAGGUCAGAUUCCAGUGUCUUUUGCCUUACACGGUAUCCUUGGCCAAACUCCUUAUUUCUCUGCUGAUUCAGCCUCACACCAUGUGCAGAAAGCAGGCCCGCCCUUGGAGGAGAAGCUACUAGUAUCUUGUGACCUAAGUACAUCUGGGCAGGAACAAACUAAAUUAAAUACAUCUGAAGUUGGGCACAAACCCCUGGUCCCAGUCUCCAGUAAGAACCAGCCCAGUUUAACGGCCAAUUAUGGGGGUGCUGUAGAUGGAUGUGUAAGUGGUGCCACCACCACAGAGGCAGAAAAGACUUCAGACCAAAACCUGUCAAUUGAAGAGAGUGGUGUGGGAGUAUUUCCCCCACAAGAGCCUGUUCAAACCAGAAUGCCUCCCUGGAUCUACAAUGAGAGCUUGGUUCCAGAUGCCUAUAAGAAAAUUUUAGAAACCACAGUGACUCCAACUGGAAUAGAUACCGCUAAACUUUAUCCCAUUCUGAUAUCAUCUGGACUUCCCAGGGAAACUCUGGGACAGAUAUGGGCCUUAGCUAAUCGAACUACGCCUGGCAAACUUACCAAGGAAGAACUUUAUACUGUUCUUGCCAUGAUAGCAGUAACACAGAGAGGCGUUCCUGCCAUGAGUCCUGAUGCCUUGACUCAGUUCCCAGCGGCUCCUAUUCCAACUUUAAGUGGCUUUCCUAUGACCCUGCCUGCCCCCGUGAGUCAGCCCACUGUGAUGCCUUCAGGGCCUGCAGGCUCCAUGCCUCUCAGCCUUGGACAGCCAGUCGUGGGCAUUAACCUUGUUGGGCCAGUGGGUGGAGCUGCAGCCUCAGCUUCCAGUGGCUUCAUGACCACUUACCCAACAAAUCAGGUGGGCAAGCCAGAAGAUGAUGAUUUCCAAGAUUUUCAAGAUGCUUCCAAGUCAGGAUCUCUAGAUGAUUCAUUCACUGAUUUCCAAGAGGUUCCUGCUUCUUCAAAAACAAGUAAUUCUCAGCAUACAAACAGUACCCCAUCUUUGUUGGUACCAGUUACAGGAGCUAAAGCACUGGCUUCAGUGGAUAAAUAUGCAGUGUUUAAAGGAAUUGCAGCUGACAAGUCCUCUGAAAAUACUACUGCUUUUGGAGAACCUGGUGACAAAUACAGUGCUUUCAGAGAACUUGAACAGACAACUGAAAAUAAAUCUUUGGGAGAGAGCUUUGCAGAAUUCAGAUCUGCAGGAGCUGAUGAUGGUUUCACCGAUUUUAAAACAGCCGAUAGUGUAUCACCACUAGAGCCACCAACAAAAGACAAACCUUUUCCAGCGUCCUUCCCCACAGGAACUUUACCACAGAAACCACCACCACAAGUAAAAAAUCCUCUGAACUUAGCAGACUUAGAUAUGUUUUCCUCAGUUAAUUCUAGCAGUGAGAAACCAUUGUCUUUUUCAGCUGCAUUCAGCACAUCAAAAUCAGUUUCUGCACAGCCUCAGCCAACAGGUUCUGCUGCGGCUAUAUCAGCACCAACAUCAAAUAAAAGUUCUACUCUGGCUGAUGAUUUUGGGGAAUUCAACCUUUUUGGGGAAUAUUCUAGCCCAGCAUCUGUUGCGGCACAAGAUGACUUUGCAGAUUUUAUGGCUUUCAGUAAUAGUUCUGUGUCAUCUGAACAAAAGGCAGAUGACAAAUAUGAUGUCCUGAAAGAGGAAGCUAGUCCUGUUCCUCUAGCCAGCAAUUUGGGCAGCACAGUGGAGGGCACGCAGAACCCACCUGCUGCUUCUGCCAAGUAUGAUGUCUUCAAACAACUUUCUCUAGAAGGAGCUGGACUAGGUGUCGAGGAAUUGAAAGAUAACACUCCUUCUGGAAAAAGUGAUGAUGAUUUUGCUGACUUCCACUCCAGUAAAUUUGCUUCCCUGAACUCGGACAAAUCCCUGACAGAGAAAACAGUGGCUUUCAGACACACCAAAGAAGACUCUGCUUCAGUGAAGUCCUUGGAUCUGCCUUCCAUUGGUGGCAGCAGCGUUGGCAAGGAGGACUCUGAAGAUGCACUCUCUGUUCAGUUUGACAUGAAACUGGCUGAUGUGGGAGGAGAUCUUAAGCAUGGCAUGUCUGAUAGCUCUUUGGAUUUACCAACAGUUAGUGGCCAGCACCCUCCUGCUGCAGAUAUAGAGGACUUAAAAUAUGCUGCUUUUGGAAGCUACAGUAGCAAUUUUGCCAUGAGCUAUGACUGGUCAGACAGGGACGAUGCAUCUCAGGGCAGAAAACUCUCUCCAUUUGUCCUCUCAGCAGGAAGUGGAUCCUCCUCAGCUGCCUCAGUUCUUCGAAAGAAAGAAACAUCUUUUGGCAGUUCUGAAAACAUCACCCUGACGUCUCUCUCCAAAGUAACUGCCUUUGUAAGUGAAGACAGUCUUCCAGAGACUACCUUCCCAGCUUUUGCCAGUUUCACAGACAUGGUUCCACAGACCAGUGAGCAAAAGGAACAUGAAAGUGGAGACUAUAAAGAUUUUACAAGACAGGACCUGUCCGCAGCAGAACAGAGCCAGGAGGUCAUGUGUCCAAGCCCAGCUUCCAGUGGGGCCUCUCUUGAAACCCCCAAAGAAUGUUCAGAUGACUUCGGAGAGUUUCAAAGUGAAAAGCCCAAAAUCAGCAAAUUUGACUUUUUAGUAGCCAAUUCACAAAGCAAAAUGAAGUCCAGUGAAGAAAUGAUCAAAAGUGAGCUAGCAACCUUUGACCUUUCUGUUCAAGGAUCACACAAGAGGAGCUUGAGCCUUGGUGAUAAAGAAAUAAGCCGGUCUUCUCCUUCUCCGGCUCUGGAGCAGCCUUUCAGAGACCGUUCCAACACUCUGAGUGAGAAGCCAGCUCUGCCUGUCAUCCGUGACAAGUACAAAGAUCUGACUGGAGAGGUGGAGGAAAAUGAGAGGUACGCAUACGAAUGGCACAGAUGCCUGGGGAGUGCCCUGGCUGUCAUUAAGAAAGCAAAUGAUACCUUAAAUGGAAUCAGCAGUAGUGCUGUUUGUACAGAAGUUAUUCAGUCAGCCCAAGGCAUGGAAUAUUUAUUAGGCGUUGUUGAGGUGUACAGAGUAACCAAACGUGUGGAGCUGGGGAUAAAAGCCACUGCAGUGUGCAGUGAGAAACUCCAGCAGUUGCUGAAGGACAUCGAUAAAGUUUGGAAUAACCUGAUUGGCUUCAUGUCACUCGCCACACUCACCCCAGAUGAAAAUUCACUGGAUUUUUCCUCUUGUAUGCUGCGGCCUGGGAUUAAAAAUGCUCAGGAGCUUGCUUGUGGUGUGUGCCUCUUAAACGUGGACUCCAGGAGCCGGAAAGAAGAGAAGCCUGCAGAAGAACAUCCUAAAAAAGCAUUCAACUCAGAAACAGACAGUUUCAAGCUGGCAUACGGAGGGCACCAGUACCACGCCAGCUGCGCCAACUUCUGGAUCAAUUGUGUUGAACCAAAGCCUCCCGGCCUCAUCCUGCCCGAUUUGCUCUGAAAAGCUCCUCCAUGAAGCAUCAACUGUUUUGUUUUUGUUUUUUUUUCUGUCGCUCACCUUGAGGUGACAGGAACCAAUAAAAACAGGAUGUGAGUACUGCGAGUUUACCUCUAUGAGUAUGUGAAGAAUUCCCCACGAGGCAGAGCAGAAAACCCCAGUGGAGCAUCCCAGCGGCUCCCACAGGCAGCCUGUGAGCUCUUGGUCCCGCUGCCUGCCUGUGGGAUUUGAGGUAAAAUUGCACUUCUCAAACAGCUUAUGCCGUCAGAAGUUUGCCCACUCAUCUCUAGUUCUCUUCGGGUGUCUUUAAAUCUGGACCACAGUUUUCUUUAUGAAAGAAUGUGCUGCUACAAUACUGAAGCUGUGAAGAAUGGACAUUUAAAGAAAAAUAAGUUAUUGGUAUAGGACUGGAAUUGGGAAAACUGUGGCAAGCCAGUGUUUGCUUAUAUCUGGAGCACAUGGUCCUGUGAAGUCGACUGCAUUUCUCUGCAUUAGUUUGUAAAGAUCUGACUUGAAUAAAAAGGGAAAAUUGUGGUUAACCUGAUUCUCUGCCUUAGAAAAAUCUCUGCUCAUCUCCAUUAGACAAUGGCAGACAAAGAGUUACCAUCUUUGCUUCUCUACUCCUCUUCCUUUCUUGUGAAAUGUCAACUCUCAAGAAGACAUGUAUGUCUUCUCCGGAAACAUUCCUGGGCUCUUUGCUGUGGAGAACAUCCAUUUGACAGAGGCCUAAAACCUGUGCACUGGGGUAAAUAUCCUUUGGAGCUCUUGCUGAAAGCCUGUUUUAUUUUGCACAAAGGCUAGUAUGAAGCAUGGCAUUUUUCUAAAUAAAAUCUGGGAAGGGAGCCAGGCAUGGUGGUGCACGCCUAUAAUUCCAGCACUUGGGAAGCUG